CAUCUGGUGAAUACUGUUACUGCUUUUUUAAUUCUCUGAUAUUAAAAAUAAGCAUCACUGUUAUAUAUAUAUGAUCAUUUGACAUAUACAAUUGUGAAGUUUAAAAUAUCUAUAUAGCAAACAAUGAAAACGUAUUGAAGUCGAAAAGAGUUCGACCUGAUUUAAUCGACCCUGAAGCUUUUGAUGAAAUAAGAAGAGGAAAAUGGUCGUGUGAAGAACUCAGAAACCUCGUGCUUAAUAUGGUUCUUCCUUCAUUAGCAUUUUCAGGGUCUAAGGGAGGAAACAAAUGGCCUGUAGCCCGAAUUAAAAAUUUUUGGUCCAAAGCAGAACAACCAUCUUUUUGGCCGUUACACAUACCGUUUUGUUCACCAUCAGCAAGAAAAGAGAUUCCACUAGAUGGCAACAACGAUAAGAAAAUUUUCAGGAAAGUUCUCAACAAGGCAGAACUAACCGAAAUCGUCCUUUCCUAUUGGAAUUACAUUACAGACUUUAAUGAAGAAAACAUCGAAGAAGAGUACCAAGACAUGGAAAAAGAAACUGAUAUAGAGGAAAUAAACGAGGAGAAAGCGGACGAGUUCAAACAAGAAAAGAAGCAUGAAGAUAUCGACGAAGAAGAAAUUCAAGAUGAAGAUAUGGACUACGAGCACAACAAAGAGAAAUAUCUUAAAGAAGAAGGAAACGAAGAAGACGAAAUGGGACCAGAGGAACAUUUCAUGAUGCAACAAAAGACGGAAAGCGCAGACCUAAAUAUCAAAGAUAUGUAUGAAAAGGGGGAAAUAUGUGGUAUAGUUUCUGGAUUCAGGAUGGCAAAUAUGAGCUACAAUUGUGAAAUUUGUCAGGAAUUGUUGCAAUCCGCCAAAAGUCAUCAUCAACCUGUAACUCAUGCAUUAAGAUCGAGUAAGAUGGAAGCGAUGGGUUUGCCUCAAGGCUAUGAUGCCAGUGAGCCAGGAAAUAUCUUUGAGGCGCUUAGUACGGAUCCUGACAGGUUGAAACUUGAUGCUUUCCUGUACGGAAUUUCCCAUCAACAUCAUUUAGCACUAGAGCGCACCAGGCAAACGAAUACGGAAACUGCAGGCAAGAAAAUUGUGUCUGAAAUUCAUAAUUUCCUGGAAGAAGAUGUUGACUUGAAAGAUACGCACUUCAUGUGUAUUGCUGGGGCACUUAGUGCAUCGUUGGAGGUGUGGUGUCCUAAGAGAACUUGGAAUGGAGAAAAUGAGAGAGUUGCUUGUUUCGAUGGUAUAAGCAUUUACGAAAGAGAUUUGAAUACACUAAAUGAUAACAGUUGGGUAUGCGACACCAUCGUAGACGUCCUGUUAAGGUACUACUGUAAAUUAGCAGAAAAAAGAAAUAGGAGAAAGACCGCUGAGAUUAUCAGGAUGUUUCAUUUCAAGAGUGGGGAUGUACACACCUGA